GAUUUUUAUUUCUGUCAAAUUUUUAAAGUUUUGUGCAAAACUUUUGUUUUAUCUCAAAAAAUACAUCAAUUUUCACAAAAAAUAAUUUAAUUUAAUUUUACAUCGCCCCAAAUUAAAUCAAAUCAAACUAAGAAAAUGGAAAGUAUGGAAGUAGAUUUUGGAGAUAUUCCAACAACAUCAGAAAAGGCCACCAAUAAAACACCAUCAGCUGGUGGUGCUUCAAACAUAAUGGCCGGUCCUGGAACUGUCCCCUCAGUCACAAUAUCCUUGCAUCCGUUAGUCAUAAUGAAUAUAUCCGAACAUUGGACUCGUAUUCGUGCUCAAGCUGGCGAACAUCGUCAAGUCUAUGGUGCUUUGAUAGGCAAACAAAAAGGCCGCAAUAUCGAAGUAAUGAAUUCCUUUGAAUUGAAAACUGACGAAGUCGGUGAAGAUGUCAUCAUCAAUUUGGACUAUUACAAUACCAAGGAAGCUCAAUACAAACAGGUAUUCAGUGAAUUAGAUUUCAUUGGUUGGUAUACAACCGGCGAACAGCCCACCGAGAAGGAAAUCAAAAUUCAGAAACAAAUUGCCGACAUUAACGAGUGUCCAAUUAUGUUGCAACUGAAUCCGGUUUCUCGGAAUGUUGAUCAGUUGCCAUUAAAACUUUAUGAAUCUGUGAUUGAUAUUGUCCAAGGUGAAGCGACUAUGUUGCUUGUCCCACUCGUUUAUACUUUGGCAACCGAGGAAGCUGAACGAAUUGGCGUUGAUCAUGUUGCCAGAAUGUCUACCAAUGAAACGGGAGAAAAGUCAGUUGUAGCUGAGCAUUUGGUAGCUCAAGAUAGUGCAAUUAAAAUGUUGAAUACUCGCAUUAAAAUUGUACUCAAAUACAUUAAAGAUGUUGAAGCUGGAAAGUUAGAGCCGAAUCAAGAGAUUCUUAGAGAAGCAUAUUCGUUGAGUCAUCGUUUGCCUGUGAUGCAAGGCCCUGGAUUUAAGGAGGAGUUUUACACACAAUGCAAUGAUGUGGGUUUGAUUACUUAUUUGGGAGCUUUGACUAAAGGUUGCAAUGAUAUGAAUCAUUUUGUUAAUAAAUUCAAUGUAUUGUAUGAUCGUCAAGGUUCAGGAAGGAGAAUGCGAGGGCUUUUUUACUAAAAAUGCGCUUUGGUCGAAUUCUCUUGUAAUCUGUUAUAUAAAUAUAUGAUUUACUUAGCUACUAAGCUUUCUCAAUAAAUUAAAAGAAAACAAAAAUA